GGCAGCCCUGUGCAGAGAUGGCGGCGUUCAGAUGGUGCGGUGGUGUCCUCCGCUCUGUGUGUAGAGGUGGGAUCUCCAUACCAGAGGUAAGAAGCAGAUGCCAGUUCAACACAUUUGCACUUGUCCAAGAGCCAUGUCACCUAUCUGCAAUUCACAGUGUCACUAUUCAGCAAGCAAGAAUGUCCAGCAGCUUCUUCAGCAGAUUGACAGCAACUGAACUAUGGAAGGGAGUUCUGGCAGAAACUGGUGGUGCCGCUCGGAAGGGUAGAGGUAAAAGAACCAAGAAGAGGAUAAAAAGAAAUCUUAAUGUUGGACAGAACAUUGGAGAUGGAAAAUUUGGGCAUCUUUGGCCAGGAUUAAAUGUCGCUAUAUUAGCAAACGGAAAGACACAGGCCAUAUCAAAGAGGGAUCAGCAACAGUUGGAAGCAAUGCAAGCCAGGAUCAUUCAGGAGCGGGACGAAUUUGAAAGAAAACGGAAGACAAGAGUGAAAAGAGAAAGAGGGUGGACUGGCCAAAGCUGGGGAGGAAUCAGUAUUGGGCAUCCUGACCAGGGUCCUAAUGGAGAAACAUAUGAAGAUUUUGACUGCAGAGUGAUUGAGAUGAAAAGUGUGUUCAACAUGACAGCCAAAGAAGGAAGAAAGCGAUCUGUCAGUGUCUUGGUGGCGGUCGGAAAUGGCAACGGAGCUGCCGGAUUUGCUGUUGGAAAAGCCAGUGACAGACUGAUAGCCCUCAGAAAGGCAAAGAACAGAGCUGUGCAGUAUCUGCAUUAUAUCGAACGAUGCAACAACCACACAAUAUUUCAUGAUAUAACAUCAACUUAUAAGAGAACUACAAUUAAAAUGAAGAAACAGAACCAUGGUCACGGUCUCCAUUGUCAUAGAGCCGUUAUCACCAUCUGCAAGUUAAUUGGAAUCCAGGACAUGUAUGCCAAAGUGAGUGGUUCCUGCAACAUGCUUAACCUCACAAGGGCGCUCUUCUUGGGUCUGGCACAGCAGGAGACCCAUCAAGACCUAGCUAACAAGAAAGGCCUGCAUGUGGUGGAGUUUAGAGAAGAAUGCGGCCCUUUGCCCCACAUUGUGGCUUCACCUCAAGGAGCGCUCUCUACAGUCCCAGAACCAGAAGGAGAGAUCCCUGAUAUAAAACUAGACUGGGAUGAAGUAAAACUAUCCCAAGGGCUAAAGCGUUCCAUCUGGGCCAAUGUCAAGCGGACAGUCUGGUGAAAGUGAAAUACGCACUU